AUGGUCAUGCUGGUAUCUCCAGAAGUCCCACAGUUUGCGAUCGAAAUCAGGUCUAGAGACAAUCAAGACGUCGCCUUCUACUAUGUUGAAGCAGCUGUAGGGGCAUAUGACCGGAGCAAAUGGGCGGUAGAUCUCAACAUCUUGAACGUUUUUAAAUAUCCUUUCUCCCGGAUUAUGUCGGAGUGUAAGAAGCCCUACAAAUAUCCCUUACUGCGAGAAGAAUUUCACAAGGUUGCGUCAAUCGAUAGCUGGGAAGGGCUGCUUUAUAACCCACCCGAUGUCAGUGCUAUGCGCGCAAGAGGAAAUUGGCAAGCCAAGCUUGCCGCGACCGCGUUUUCUAUUCAACAGGGAUAUGAGACGCGUAUUGUCCCGGACAAAACGUAUUGGACGUGUCCUUUAUCAUUGAGGAGAAUCCCACGAGCCAGUGGGAAAAAAUCCUAUGACGCCGUUGCAUUCCGUAGAGAAGGAUCUGACAGAGAGGCCGAAGAAAUCGCUGAAGCUCCCUCUACAAGGGAUUAG